GCGAAUGCGGGCAUUUUCGGGAUUUGUACGCCAAUAAUUAUCAGAAGUUAAUUACUGGCCCCAAGUCCACCUGGAAACGUUCAGACGGCUCCCCAAAUCCUCUUAUUGCAGCCAGCUUCCCACGCCCGGCCGGGUGCCGUCAUUGUCCACGAGGUCCGCAUCUGCACUAGCAGAAACAAGAAGUGUCAACUCGACGUGGUGACCAUAUCGGCAUGCAAUGUAUAGGGCAGACCACUCAUGGAACCCUCGGCAGUCCACCUCCGCGUUGGCCCGGACCAGCUCUGCAUCAACUGCAGCGUCCCCGAAUCGGGCGGCCGGUAUCAGUGGCGUCCGUCCGUUGGAGCUGGCGGUGUUGGGAGCUGCCCCCGAACGCAGGAGAUCUCUCACACAGAUGGAACAGCUUUUGCGCGUCGUCUAGUGGAGGGCCGUCUCCGCUCUCCGGUCGGUGUCGGAGGGCGGUGCCUUUAGUGCCACUAGAGAGCGUAGUACAUGGUGAAGACAUUGCUCAACGGAGCCGGAUUGGGAAUUCGUCGUUUAGCGACAAUCACAAUGACGGCGAUAUCGACAACGAUGGAGGUUCUGACGCUGAUAGCGACUACACUUUGGAAAUAGCGAACAGCAAUGGCAAUCCUGCUCUAAUAAGGGACGGCAACGGGAACGGCCACAGCGACAGCGACAGCAACGUCUGUCUGCCAAAGAACGCAUACCACCUGUCAAAAAAAAAAACUUGGCGGUCCGAACCCCUGCCCAGCACCUCCCCUGCCCGAUUAGCCACACUACCACAUUCCCCUACCCGCGGAGACAAGCUCGCAACAAACGGCAUAACUUGCACUGUUCUGGGGGGACAAAAUUUCUAAAGACUCCGCUGGGGAGUUCCGCAUGGGCCUAAAUAGGGCACGGGACUGGAACCGAUUGCCCAUGUGUCCUCCAGAACACCUGACUGCACCGAUGUUGACGGGUCCAGUGAAUCCGCAGCCAUAUGCCUUGCCUCGCACUAAAUCUGCUGUGAAACGUUGACUGCCUUGUU